AUGACUACCGUAUUUCCUACUAUUAAGGCGAUCAACACCUUUAUUAUCGAUGGUGUUGGUUCGGGAGGCGAUUAUCACAAUGUCAAAGGUGGACAUUGGCUCAUUGACUCUCCCAUUGCGACACCGAUGGCACGAUGGGAGCAAUACCGAAGCUCUCGAACUAGCUGGGGUAUAAAUGUCCUGGGGUCCUUUUGCGUUGAAAUAGAAGCAACGGAUGGUACCAAGGGGUUUGCAACCGGGUUUGGGGGCCCCCCAGCAUGUUGGCUAGUAGCACAGCAUUUCGAACGAUUCCUGAUAGGUGCGGACCCAAGAGACACCAACAAUACAUUCGAAAAGAUGUACCGGGCCUCCAUGUUUUAUGGACGCAAAGGCCUCACAGUUGCAGUCAUAUCAGUCAUAGAUCUAGCUCUCUGGGACUUGCUGGGCAAGAUCCGUAACGAACCAGUUUUCAAGCUUAUCGGUGGUGCAACCCGUUCCCGCCUGGAUUUUUACUGCACCGGUCCAGAGCCGGGUUACUCAAAGUCCAUGGGCUUUUCUGGUGCUAAAGUAGCGCUGCCCUAUGGUCCUGAUGAAGGUGCAAGUGGUCUAGCUAGGAACGUGGAAUAUCUCCGACAACAACGGGAGAAGGUCGGCUUAAACUUUCCGCUAAGAGUUGACUGUUACAUGUCCCUGAAUGUUCCAUAUACAAUCGAGUUGGUCAAAGCUUGCGAGACCGCGGGUAUCAACAUUGACUGGUGGGAGGAAUGCUUGUCUCCCGAUGACGUCGACGGCCAGGCCCUACUCAAAAAGGCUCAUCCAACUAUCAAGUUCACCACCGGUGAGCAUGAGUACUCUAGAUAUGGAUUCCGAAAGCUUAUCGAGUCCCGAAAUCUAGAUGUUGUACAGCCAGAUGUUAUGUGGGUGGGAGGAAUGACCGAAUUGCUUAAAAUAUCCGCAAUGGCAGCCGCUUACGAUAUCCCCGUUGUGCCACAUGCUUCUGGCCCUUAUUCUUACCAUUUUGUUGAAUACCUGGCUAACUCACCUGACGGAAAGACGGUACAGCCUGUAUUUGGCGAUUUGUUCCUGAACGAACCAAUUCCUUCCAAAGGCUAUCUUGAUGUCAGUGCCUUGGAUGAGCCUGGCUUUGGGCUUAAGUUGAAUCCCGCCGCGAAGCUCAUACCUGCACGUUAUAUUCUUGCUCCCAGCCCGCAGGAAUCGCUUCGAGACAAUAGCAUUGCUUCAUGGAAGGAUGGAAAGCAUGGUAGCGAAGAUUCUGUCCCAGUGACCAAUGGGAUUGCACCACGGCAGUAA